CGAGACUCGACGCAAAUCGCAGAAUUUUUUAAACAAUAUGCAACUGAGGCGAUUGCGAGACACGCAAUGCCAUUAUCGAGCUCGUGUGCGGAACCAAUCGGAAGACAGCGCUCUAUCUACUUGUUAUGGACUUGUUAGUUGAAUGUUCUAGCAUUAUUCUUAAUUGAAUGUUCUAGCACCAUUAGUUUUUUAUAAAUAUACGAGGCGUAUUUGAAAGGUUUUGUGAAUUAAUAUACAGAUAGCUAAUGAGAAAAAUUAUUUAAAUAAUUUCGUUGCAUCAUCUUUUAUAUUAUAUGAAAUAUAAUAUUUAUUGUAUUUUAUUCUGAACGUGUUUCGUUCUGGUAACAAGAAGAGUAAACAUCCAUUUAAUACUUUUCAAAUCAAAAAGUUACAAAAUCAAGCCGUUAUUAAAUAUAUUUUGUAACAAAAUAGAUCAUCAUUAAAAAAUGUUUGCAUAUCUGUAAAAAAAGAGCGCAAUCACUAAAGAUCGCAUGAAAAUAAAAUAGGAAAAAGAGUGGAGUUAGAGUCGGCACUCUUUUUUUAGUGCUCUAAACACAAAUAAAACAAUUAUUAAUCAAUGUGCAAAAUAAUAAACUCAAAGUAUGAAAUAAAAUAUCUUUAUUAUAAAAAAUGAUGCAACAAAGGCACGCAAAUAGUUUUUACCUUAGAUAUUUGUAUAUUCAUAUUCAUAUAUUUUUGUAAGGAACUAUUGUAUUUAAAAAUAGGGUAAAAGCAUUUAAAUUCAAAAUUUGGUAUAACUUUAAUUAAUUUGUUUUCGAAGUACAGAAAUGGCAACAUUUCAGGAUUCCAGGAUUUUGUUAUAUUAAUUUUUAGGUUGGAUACAUUAAAACGAAGCACGCAUGGUAUAUGAUCGAGCCAGUGGCUGGGCAUGACUUUAGCAAAGAAAUGGAGCAACCGCAUAUCGUGUAUAAAAGGAGUCCAGAUGAGUAUCAAGCCGUACAGGAUGCUCUCUGCAAUGUCAUCGGCGAAACGUCUAGGAUCAUUGCCAAGCGUGCUUUGAAUCCGCAGAAAAGAGUACCAGCAAGAUUAAUCGAGAACAAGUCAUACACGCUAGAGUUACUAGUCGUGUUGGACAAAUCUUUAUUGGACUAUUACAAGAAUUUCGAUGUCGAAAAUUACAUACUAACGCUCUUCAAUAUGGCUGCAGGAUUAUUUCACGAUGUCAGUCUAGGCGUACACAUGCAGCUGACUAUAGUGCGAAUUAUAAGAUUAGAAGUAGAGGAAAAUAAGAUGAAUUUGUCAGCGAAUCGAGACGCGGAUGCGACGCUGAAGCACUUCCAAGAGUGGCAGUACACCAUGAAUCCCGGCGACGAUUCCCACCCAAAUCACCACGAUUGCGCGAUUCUCAUUAGCAGAUUAGAUAUCUGUGUCUCGAGAAACCUCUGUGGCUUCACUGGUACAUCCACGAUCGCUGGUACGUGCGAUCCUUUGAGAGGCGCAGCCAUUGUGAGAGACGCUGGUCUACCAACCGGUUAUCAUAUAGCUCAUCAGAUAGGUCACACCCUGGGUAUGUCCCACGACGUGCAGCGGGAGAACGGCUGUCCCGGUAUAGUUUAUCACAGAAACGGAUACACGGAGACCACCGUUAUGCACCCCGGUGACAUGUACAUCACGAAAAAAUGGUCCGAGUGCUCCCGGCGCUACCUGCGCUCGUACAUCGAGCAGGGUCUCGCGUUCUGUUUAGAGGACGAGCCGCACGAUCAUUAUUUUCCCGCCGCCGAAAUGCUGCCGGGAGUGAUGUACAACGGUGACGAUCAGUGCCGUUUACGGUAUCGACCAGACGCUCGACAAUGCGACAUGGGAGUCUGGUGUUACCAAAUGAAGUGCCUGAUGGUGGGAGAACAGCCCGGAAUCACAGACGGCGGUUGGGGUGCCUGGUCGUCCUGGAGCAGGUGUUCGCGGACAUGCGGCUCCGGCGUGGCGUACGCCGUGAGGCAAUGCAACUAGCCGACCCCGUCCAAAGGCGGCUCUUAUUGCGUGGGUGACAGGAAGCGCCAUAAAAUCUGUGCCACGAACCCCUGCGAAAUCGGCGCGCCGUCAUUUCGCGACGUGCAGUGCGCCGAAUUCAACGACUGGGUAUUUCCGGAAGACGGAAAGAUUCAUCGUUGGGUGGCGUAUAAUCUGCCAGAAGACUUGAAGGCGUCUGAAGAUCCAUGCGCUCUUUACUGCAUGAGCGAAACUAAUCUGGUGACCUCGUUGAGACCGAAAGUGGUGGACGGUACCACGUGCUACAGAGGCAUUCGGGACAUUUGCAUCGGGGGGAUGUGUAGGGAGAUACCUUGCGACCUGGAUAUAGAAUCCAGCGCCGUCGAGGACGUUUGCGGCGUCUGUCGAGGCGACAGCACCUCGUGCACCUUAAAGCAGGGAACAGUGUCGAUCGUGGCUCAUCCCCGGCUCAAGAAGAUAACAGACGUGCCAGUCGGUGCCAGGAAUAUUCGCAUCGAGGAAGCAGAACCGACCAAAUCCAGAAUCGUAGUGCGCACCAAAAAUACGAAAACUGUGCUGAUUGAUGGUAACCGUCUAGGAAUGUUCGAAGUGCCGGGCUCCAAGGCGUGGCUGGGAAUGAUAAGGCCGAGGCAGGAAGCUCUGAAUAUACCGGGACCCGUCACCAAGGACUUGAUUAUAUUGGUUGAAGCAAAGGAGAACGUCACGUUGAAAUACUCAUUAGGAUUGAAGCAACGAACUCCCCGUAAACCCGUGUUCUCCUGGGACUUUGUCGACUGGGAGAAAUGCUCGGCAGGUUGCGGCCCGGGAGAACAGAUAUCGAAACCUCGUUGCAUCGAGAAAAUCGGCGGACUGGUGGACGAUAAAUUUUGCAGAAAUAACAUUAAACCAGAUGCAAAAGUCAGGUCGUGCAAUCAGGCUCCCUGUAUACCGCGGCAAGUUUACAUUUUCACGAUUUUCCGCGUUUGUGAAAUACAAUAUUUAUGGAGCUGUCAUAUCAUAUUAUAAAGUAACUGUGAUCUUUAACGAGCUUCGAUAUGGCGAAAUCAAAGUAGUCGUGUGUCACGUUCGUUACUUUUAUAUAUAUGCGAUAAUAACAUUAACAAUCAAAUAUAUUUCUCUCGUAUCAUCUGUAUUUCGUGAUCGUAUCGUGUUCACGCGUCGGACGAAAUUGCCACUUUUAUCUCAUUGAGGAACUAACGCAGAGA